AUGAGCUCAUACGUAGCCAAUUCAUUCUAUAAGCAAAGUCAAAAUGUUCCUGCCUAUUCCAUGCAAAGUUAUGGGAAUUAUGGAUCUGUAUCCGAGGUCCCUUCAUCCAGGUAUUGCUACAGUGGGUUGGAUCUCAGCAUUACAUUCCCUUCUCCUGGUUCUUCAAACUCUCUAAACGGUCUGGACAUGCCUUCAAACCCCACCAACAACUCUGACCGGCCCUCCUGUACUGUCAUGGGCUCUGCUGGGCACACUCUGGGCAGAGGAGAGCAGGGUGCCCUGAGCCCUGGGAUUUACAAUCAAAAAGCCGGGAGCACUUCGUUGGAGGACAGAUCUAAAGGGAUUGAGAACAUCAAAGCAGAGCCGGUACAAACAACCCCACAAGGACAGCAACAACCCCAGCAGGGGCAGCAGCAGCAGCAGCAGCCACCCCAAAUAUACCCCUGGAUGACCAAACUGCAUAUGAGCCAUGAAACUGAUGGCAAACGUUCCCGGACGAGCUACACUCGCUACCAAACCCUGGAACUUGAGAAAGAAUUUCAUUUUAACAGAUACCUGACACGUCGCAGGCGCAUUGAAAUAGCCAACAAUCUAUGUUUAAACGAGAGGCAGAUCAAGAUCUGGUUCCAAAACCGAAGGAUGAAGUGGAAGAAGGAUUCUAAAGUCAAAAGCAAAGACUCCCUUUAA